UUCAGCACUCAAAGGAGAACUCCAAGCCACAGUGUUUCACCUUGUCAUUGCGGAAAAAACCUACCUUUGACCUGCCAAAUUACAGCAGCCAUGUUCCUCUGCUGCCGCCGCCACCUCACCUUCUCACCGCCCACCGCCGUCCCCUCUCCCAGUGGACACCGCCCUCUCAAGCCAAGAACGCCCAGAGCCCCAAUCCUAGCAUCCAAGAACCCCCCACCACGGCCAUGGCCACUGCCAAGGCGGCAAUGGCGGUGGCGGUGCAGCAACACCGAUGCCGUCCAACCGCCACCCCUCGUCGAGGCCAGUGUCUCCGGCGGCGGCGAGAAGAAGAGCUUCUGGGCGGCGGUGAGCCUCAUCAUCGGCACGGCGGUCGGGCCGGGCAUGCUGGCGCUGCCGUCGGCCACCAUCCGCUCCGGCCCGGUCCCCUCCACCGUGGCCAUCCUGCUCUCCUGGGCCUACGUCGUGUCCUCCAUCGUCCUCGUCGCCGAGCUCAGCUUCGCGGCCAUGGAGAGCGGGGGCGUGAACGAGGUCAGCUUCACAGGACUUGCGUCGAGCACCUUGGGGGCAACCUUCGGCGGCGGCGUCGCCGUCGUCUACGCUGCGCUGAGCUUCUCCCUGAUGGUCGCCUGCGUAGCCGGCAUCGGCUCACUGGUCUCUCAGCUCUUCCCCGCGGUGAAUCCGGUCUUGGCCAACGCGCUCUUCCCGUGCUUCGCCGGGGUGCUCAUCGCGUUCUUCCCGUUCAAGGCUGUCGAUGGCGUCAACCGCGUGCUCUGCGGCCUGAUGCUCGUCUCGAUCACGUCGCUUGUGGUGACAGGCGUCUCCGUCGGCCGGAGCAGCAUGCUGAAUUCGCUUGGCCACGCGUGCUGGAGCCCUGGUGCCAUCUUGCCGGCCAUUCCGGUCACCGUGCUCACGCUUGGGUUCCACGUGAUCACGCCAUUCAUCUGCAAGAUUGUAGGUGACUCGGUGUAUGAUGCACGCAGGGCUAUUCUCAUUGGGGGUGCUGUACCAUUGGUCAUGGUUUUGUCAUGGAAUGCGGUCAUUCUGGGAUUGGCAGGCGCGACCGGCAGUGCAAGGUUUGAUGACCCUAUUAAGCUUCUUCUCUCGGUGAAUCCAGCAGCAUUGGCUCCCGUUCGAGGCUUCGCGUUUGCUGCAUUGGCGACGAGCUUGAUAGGAUAUGCAGUCAGCUUUCCGAAGCAGUUGGAAGACACUUUGCAGUUGAUUGUUAAGAGUUUUUCAAUGAAGCAAGGAAGUGUGGAGUUGUCCAAUGCUGGUGGUGAUCAUGGCAGGAACGAGGAGGUGGUUCUUACGUUGGCGGUACUGAUAAUUCCCAUAUUUAUUGUAUCAUUCUUUUCAACAGCGUUUGCCAAGGCAUUAGAUUUUGCUGGGGUUUAUGCAAACUGCUUCUUAUUUGGGAUCCUGCCUCCUGCAAUGGCCUGGAUUCAUCGGUCAAGGAAAAAGAGGUCACCUGGUUCAUGUGAAGACAUUUUGCCUGGUGGGAAUGCUGCUCUCUUGGUACUUUUCAUCAUUGCGGUCAUCCUAGCAUUCCGGCAUUAAAAGGACGACUUGCACUGGGCACAGGUAGCUUGUGAAAAUCAUAGGUUCUGACUUGUGAAGGUGAACGGAAUCUGAGCAGUGGAGCUGUGGAGGGAGGCAUUCGUAAACUGCAGUUAUCAUAUAUACCACUAACCAUAUCACAAUACUACACACAUAUAGGAAUAAACAGUAAGACAGAACGGCAACACGUCAAACUGACGGGGGACCUAAACUAUAGAACAUCACCUUCAUAACCACACCGGAGAAGAUCAAGACCCAAGCUAUGGCGCUUGUGAUUUCUAGCUGCCAUGGAUGGAGGGAGAAAUAGUAGCCUGAUCAUCCCCUACCGCAAAAGGCAAGGGUGCCCAAAUGAAGAGAUGACAAUAGAAGCUCAAACGAAGAGAUGAUCAAUUGCCUUUAUUUUUUGGUAGUAUAAGCUGAGAUGUCGUGUGCUACAACCACAUAAGGAUGUUUGCGCGCU